UCCAGGUUAUGUCGACCUCGUUAAAAGUGUUCUAUUUAUAAUGCUGAUUGAGUUUGCUGUCAGUCAAAACUACUGGGAAAACACACGAACUGGACAGAUCUCCGCCUGUCUUACUACGACGUGCGGUAAAGGUCACGAUGUCUGUGAGUGUUAUCUCACAAUUGAAUACCGUUUAACGAUGAUGUAUGAAGAGAAACAAUCCUUGGUGAUUCCAUCAGGAGGUCGUCUGUAUGAGUACGAUAAGCUCAGUAGUCCUAUAGAAAACAGUGAUGAACUGCCUUACAUCCUGACGGCGGAUGGCAACAACUCUCGGCUUGUUAUAGCUAUCAAUAGGCAAUUCCCGGGUCCAACGAUCACGGCGUACGAGGAUCAGAAUUUGAUCAUCCAUGUCCGGAACCUGAUGCACACAGAUAGUACUACGAUACACUGGCAUGGUAUGCACCAGAAAGGAACCACAUACUCCGACGGCGUCGCUUUUGUUUCUCAAUGUCCUCUAGGACACGGCCAGGUGUUCACUUACAAAUUCAAAGCUAAACCUCAUGGAACAAGCUUCUACCAUGCACACAUAGGCGAUCAGCGGACCAUGGGACUGUAUGGAGCGCUCAUCAUCUUGGAGCGUUCUUCAACAACAACAUCAGAAGAACACGUGGCCUUGCUUCAGGACUGGAACCACGACGAUGAUGCUGACACUUUAUACCAACGCAGUCUGUACGGCGUCUUCUAUCAAUCGAUACGAUUGCCGUAUGAACCCACUGUUUCUAAAGACAUGGGAAUGUACAGCAGAUUUUUGUUUCAGUCUGGUCUUGAGAAUGGAAAAGGCCGUUACUACAUAAAUAGUUACAAUCACAACCAGGCUCCCUUGACCCAAUUCGACGUAUCUAGGAACAAGUGGUACACUUUCAGGGUUAUUAGUGCAGCGACCCUUUACCCCUUUCUUGUUUAUGUUACUGGCCAUCCUAAACUCACGCUUACCGCAUCGGACGGUUUCGAAAUUCAGGAAAUCGUUGUUGACGCCUUUGUUAUCAACCCUGGAGAGAGAUAUGAUUUCAAGAUAUUUACAAAUCAGUCCAAUCAGAAUUAUAUACUCGUAGCUAGGACUCUGGAAUCAAACGAUGUCCAUGUAGCGGAGGCUAUAAUCCACUACGAAAAUGUUGUGGUCAACACCAAUCCAGCAAAACCAUCAUCACUAAGCUGUUCUUCCAAAUGCAUCAUUUUCAACUGUCCAUACCUCAGUCCUGCCAACGGCGAUGAAAUCUGUUUGACGUAUAAUGAUGCAAGGACAAAUGAUGUUGAUUCGAGGCCAGAUGAUAUUUCUACUAUCAAUCAGGAAUUCUUCUUUAACUUCGCUUUUCCAGGAGAGGAAGGCUUUUUCCCUGGUUCUGUAAAUGGUCGACAAUUCGUGCCACCUAUCGCGCCACUGUACUCUCAAUCUGAGGCUAUUACUACCGCCUGCCCUGCUAACUGUGCUGACAAUAACAUCUGUUCUUGUACAUACACACAGCAAAUUCAGUACGGAAAGGUUUACCAGUUCACACUGACCAACCUCGGAAAUGGAAAAGGUUGGUCACACCCGGUACAUUUACAUGGACAUUCGUUUUAUGUCAUGAAGAUGGGUUUUGGCCAGUACAACUCCAAUGGAUUCCUUAAUGGUUCAACACCAGACAUCUCCUGUGAUAUUGGAUCGAAAGGUUUUUGUAACAAGCCCGUCUGGGCUAACACGACCUGGAAUGGAGGCAACAUCCCUGGGCUUGUCCUCGACCGUCCAGCACAAAAAGACACAGUUAUCGUCCCUACCCAUGGCUACGUCGUCAUCAGGUUCAAGGCAGACAACCCCGGUGCCUGGUUCUUCCAUUGUCACAUCGACAUCCACAACACAAACGGAAUGGGGAUGGCGAUCGUCGAAUCUCCAGACAAGUACCCUGUCGUCCCAGACAACUUCCCAGUCUGUGGGGAUUUUACCGGAUACGGCAAAAACAAAGCCCCAUCAAAGGUAUGCCCAACCACUAAAUGUCCAACAAAAGUUUGCCCACAACAACGAGAAAACGAGACCGGCAAGGGUAUGAUGGUAACUUCUACCAGGCUGCCAUUCUUAAUUCUCCUCGGAGUUGCAGUUAUUAUAUUCAUAUAAGCUCCAAGAACAUGGUAGAAUUUCUCAACGUUACCAUGAAGAGAAAUACAUCCAUAUAAUAUAGGUAGUGUUAUUUAGAUUGACAGGUGCAUUUUGUGAUAGACGUGUUUAAUUGAUUAUUAUACCAACAACUGUUUAAGUUAAGUCAUUUCCCCGAUAUUGACAUUUGUGCUUUGUGUGUUUUAAAAAGUAUUUAAAGAUGUCCAUCGCCCAAUUAAUAAUGUAUAGAAAAAUUAUUAUUUCAUAAAUUAAUUUUGUCUUAAGGUAUCCAUUCCUAAUUUCUUAGUCGGUCGUGUAUCUAGUUUGAUCAGGACAAUUGCUCACUCUGCAAGCUUCAUUAAGCAGAGUGACGAUGCAUAUCAAGGACAACAUCAACAAAGCGUACAGUGGAGUCUUGUCAAGUCUAUACUCUCCUCUUGGGCGAGUUCAUACUGGAAUCACCCUCUAUAUAUAUCUGUCUUUCACGAAUCAUGUCCGUCGUGAAUAAUUUUAAUAAAUAUUCAGAUAAAUGUUAUAGGUCAUUUGUAGAUAUACAUGCAGGUUUUCUCCUUUAUGUUUAGUUACAAUGAUAACAAAGUCACUAUACAUAGUGAAACUUGUGACAAAAAGCUUGGAUUCCGAUUUGGGCCCUCUGGUGACUAUCACCAAUGUGUUUUUUAUUUUUUUGUGUAAACAUACCUUGAGGUUAGAUUGUCAUGAUAUGACAAGUAAUAAGGGUCAAGUCAGAGGCCAUUUCGAGUUAUGAGGGGGUAAAUUGGGGGGUCAAUUUUCCGAUUGGCUCAGUUUUGACAAAGCGUAAUAAUAUUUUUAGAAUGCUGAAAAUAAAGCAAAUUGAAAAAAUAACCUUUAGCUAAAAAGGUAGGUCGCCUUGACCCAAUUUUAUCAAUGCCAAUUUGAACACAUAUAUAGUCUAUUAAGGAUAACCUAUAUUCCCUCAGACAAAUAAGUAUAUUUAAUCCAUCAAUAUGCAGAACUAAUACUUAUUUUAAUAGUUUCUUUCCUCUAAUGUGUCGCAAUUCUGAUAAUGAUCUCUUUACUUCCCUUACUCUCUCAGCUUAAUGAAGAUGUCAUUAUUGAAAUUAAAUCAGAACACAUUUUUAAAACAGGAGGGGAUAGAUGGGUUAAUAUAAUUCUUUGUCAAAUUAUAAUUUUUUGUAGUAAUUUAAAGUUUGAUUGAUCUAAUGAUCAUUUAACAAAUAAUCCAUCUUGUGUCUGCUAUUUUGAAUAUGAAAACGUCUCACAUUAUUUUCUUGGGUGUAUAAUGUAUGGCCACAUAAGACUUUCUCGAUUUAAUUCUGUUAGUAGUUAUGGAAACCAUAACCAUAUCGACGCCAACAGUUAUCUUCACGGCUGUCCUGUCUGUGACGGAACAACGAACAGGCAGUUACUUCAGGAUGUGCAAAUAUUUAUUGGCAAAACAAUACGUUUUAAUCUCUAUAUGAUUUAAUUAACCAGGAACUUAUACUUUUGAUUUUAUUUUGUAUUAAAUAAUGUAUACAUCACAAUAUAUAAGGAAGAGAUCCUUUUCUGUUCUGAUAACUUUUUUGUAAAUUUUAAUCUUAAAGGAUAUAUAUAUAGUCUUCCGUUGAGUAUGUUUGUUUGGUCAUUUAUUCAAUCAUUUUUGUUUUAUAGCAUACAUUUUAUCAAUUAAAGUAUAUAUCUAUAUAAACUAUCAUGUUUUCAAUUAAAUUUCAAAGAACUUAACAGUAUUGUCAGUAAUGACGCGGUGGACAUUCAGUUCA